AUGCCAUUUGGGAUCUUGGAGGACACAAAGCUGGAGCAUGUUCCCGGAACAGCUCCACUUAAUGGCCAAUCUGAGAUAGAUACUUACUCGGGUAUCGAUCCUGGUCUACUCAAGUACGAUCGCACAGGUAAAAUAGUGCUUGUGCCACAGCCCUCCGACUCGCCCAAUGACCCGUACAAUUGGUCUCGAACGAAGAAGCUGCUAUUCACCGUCGCCUAUGGAUGGGGGUGUGGUUGUGUAGGAGCCGUUGGACCUCUGCUCGGAGGUGCAUUCGUCCCCAUAGCAGCCGAAUUCAAUGUCCCACUAGAAACCUUCGUGUCGGCUGUACAGGGCGGAGCUAUCGCCGCGAUCGCCGUGGGAAGCUUAAUAUUCAAUUCUCUGGCUGUUAAAUAUGGGAAACGGCCCGUCUAUCUGGGGACAACACUUGGACUAAUGGUGUCGUGUUUUUGGGCUGCUGGAGCCAAAAGCUUUGAGUCAUUCGUUGCCUCGAGGGUCUUUUGUGGAUUGUGCAUGGCGCCCUUUGAGGCUUUGGUUCCAGCGUCCAUCUCGGAUAUUUGGUUUGUGCAUGAGCGAGGGUUUCGGACGGCUAUAUUCAAUCUUGGAGUUCUGGGUGGUAUUAACCUUGCGGUUCCGAUCGCUGCUUGUAUUAUUCAGUACUCUUCGUAUCACGAGGCAUUGUACGGCAUGGGUGGAGCUUUUGCAUUGGCCUUCAUUCUUGUAUUUUUCUGGAUGCCCGAAUCUGCGUUCAAGCGAGAAGCCUUGAAUAUCGACACCGCGGAAUCGACGGCCGUCGUGGAAGGAAAAGCAACCCUCGAACAGCUCGACCGUACACCAAGCACCCCCGCUACAUCAACUGAGGCUCGCAACUCGUGGCCCACGGAACUGUUGCCUUAUAACGGUUACGUCAACCACGUACCUUUCUGGAAUACCCUGAUCCGACCAUUCUAUCUGCUAGCAUCUCCCCCUGUUCUGUGGGCCGUACUGCUUUUCACCAUGUGCAUCUCAUGGCUUGUAGGUAUCUCUCUUACUCUAUCGCAAAUUUUCUCGGCCGCACCGUACAACUUCUCCGUCAUCGGCGUGGGAGCGACCAAUCUCUCUUCCUUUGUCGCAUCAGUGCUAGGUACACUAGUCGCCGGUCCUCUGAUUGAUGGUCUGGUCACCAGAAUGUCAAUGAGAAAUGGCGGUACAUUUGAACCCGAAUUCCGUCUCCCUAUCAUGGUAACCUACCUGCUCUUCACAUCAACCGGGUUCUUCGCCUGGGGUCAAGCUGCAGCUGCGCAGGAUCCUUGGCCCGUCCCGGUGAUUGUCUGUUUGGGAAUGAUCAACUUUGGAGUUCAACUUGGAACUACUGGUGUGGUCACGUAUGUGGUUGACUGCCAUCGCGAAAAGGCUGGUGAAGCCUUUGCGGCGAUGAACUUCCUGAAGAAUCUGUUUGCUUUCGGGCUAUCAUUUUAUAUCACUGGAUGGAUCGAUAGCCAGGGUGUUCGCAACUGCUUUUUCACUAUUGGUGGCAUCACGCUAGGAGCCACUCUAUUUACAAUUCCUAUGUAA